UCAUUGACGUAAUAUUCAAGCGCCGACUAGCGACUACAGUGUUUAGUCAACGCUAUGCGUGCGACUCCGCCCACCUAGAUCCUGUCAAUGACAUUUAUCGAUUUUUACGUUAUCAAAAACAAUUGCAAACAUGCACAGGUUUGUCAGACCUCAGCUUUUGCUUCGUGAUUCUAAACAGCCAUUAUUACCGACAGCGGGUCAACUUUGUACAAAUCACAAAUCUGUUGUGUCCAGUGUAAGGGGAUAUGUUGUAUUGCCUCCCACCAAUGAUGAAGAAGAAAAAGCCAUGCUUCACAGGAUGAUGAGAGUGGACCAUGCAGGAGAAUAUGGUGCCAACCGAAUCUAUGCUGGUCAGAUGGCUGUUCUUGGCCAUACACAAAUCAGUCCACUCAUUCAGGAAAUGUGGGAUCAAGAGAAGCAGCACCUGAGAAAGUUUAAUGAGAUACUGGCUGAGAACAGAGUGCGUCCGACCCUCCUGCUUCCGCUGUGGAACAUAGCAGGAUUUGCUCUUGGCGCUGGCUCUGCUCUCUUGGGAAAGGAAGGGGCGAUGGCCUGCACUGUGGCUGUAGAGGAGAGUAUCUCAGAGCACUACAACUGUCAGAUCAGAACUCUAAUGGAGAAAGAUCCUGAGAAGUACACCGAACUGCUGCAGCUGAUUAAAGAAUUUCGGGAUGAUGAAAUGGAGCACCAUGACACUGGACUGGAGCAUGAUGCUGAAUCCGUGCCUGGAUAUCAGCUGAUGAAAGCAAUCAUACAGGCGGGCUGCAAAGCUGCAAUCUGUGUCUCAGAAAGUCUAUAAAUAUUUUCAGAGUAUU